AUGUCGCUGAUCGAGAAAAAGACAGACGACGAGUGGGAGAAGCUCUCAGAUGAGGUUUCUCCUGUGAUCAACUACCAGAACUGCCUGUGGCAGAAGACGGCUGGGUUGCUUUUUUCAGAGUACAUUUGUUUGGCCAUCAUGUCGUUUCCAUGGUCGUAUUCGGUGUUGGGGUUGGUGCCAGGGUUGAUUCUUACUGCUGGCAUUUCGCUUACUUGUCUUUAUACGGGUUGCAUCAUCACAGACUAUUGCAUUACGUACCCUGGCGUUACGUCGGUGUGUGACGUGGGACAGCAUAUUUUUUGGAAUUCGAAGGUUGUAUGGUAUGCUACGGCGGUGGCGUUUAUUUUGAAUAACACCUUGAUUUCGGCGCUUCACGUUUUGGUGGGUGCAAAGUACUUUAGUACGAUUUCAGAUAACUACGAAGGCGGGUCCAUCUACGUGUGCCAGAUCGUGUUUGCCGUGGUGAGUGCUGUGAUAUGCUUUCUAUUCUCGCUUCCUAGAACCUUUUCGUCCAUGUCUGGCGUUGCCUACGUUUCUGCUAUUACUAUGUUCGUUUCUGUGGUGCUUUCUAUGGCGUUUGCUGGUGUUCAGGACUAUCCAGCCGGCUACGACGGUUCGCCAGUGGAAUGGAACCUCUGGCCAGCGAAAGGAACCACCUACGUCCAGGGAAUGUCGGCCAUGUUGAACAUUUUGUAUACGUUUGUUGGCCAGAUCACGUACCCUUCGUUUAUUUCCCAGAUGAAGCAGCCAAAGGACUUUAAGAAAGCUUUGUGGGUGGUGACUGUUUGUGAGUUGAUCACCUUCGCCUUGGCUGGCCUGAUUGUGUACGUUUACGUUGGUAACAAGUACAUGACAGCUCCAGCGUUUGGUUCGCUUGUGGGUAAUUAUAAGAAGAUUGCUUACUCGUUUGCGUUGCCCACGAUUCUCUUCUUGGGCUCGUUAUACUCCAACGUGACGUCACAAUGGUUGUUCCUUAUGAUCUUUAAAGAAGGCGAUAAGCACAGAGAAGACCAUACUGUGCUUGGCUGGUCCGUGUGGAUUGGACUCAAUGCGGUUAUUUGGGUCAUUGCAUUCAUUAUUGCCGAAGUCAUUCCCUUCUUUUCCGACUUGCUUUCUCUCAUGUCGUCGUUGUUCGACUGCUGGUUCGGUUUCGUCUUCUGGGGCGUCGCCUACUUCCGCCUUAAGAGACACAACAACCCAGAUGUGAGUUUCCUUGAGCUUUUUAAGACGUCAGUGUGGUGGGUCAAGCUUGAGUUCAUUGCCAACAUUGCUUUGGUGGUUAUUGGUCUUUAUAUUCUUGGCCCUGGUCUUUAUGCUACUAUUCAGAGCAUUAUCUUGUCGUACCAAUCGGGAUUGUACGGCCUGCCGUUUGAGUCUGAAGUCAUUUCUCUAGCUGAAGUCAUGAAUCUAGCUCAAGACAUGAAUCUAGCUGAAGACAUGAAUCUAGCUGACAUAAAUAUCUAG